GAAACCCUGGCUCGGGGGCAACUGUGAAGUUGGUUGCUGCGAAGAAGGUGCUGGGAGGAUUUUCCUCUGCUGUGGGACAGGAAAGGGCAGGUAAACCCACAGGGUGCAAGGAGGAGAGCCCGGAACCGUGUGGAGCAGGCAGACCCUGAGGCAGACCCUGACACCAUGGCCAAGCUGGUGGAGUGUGUCCCAAACUUCUCGGAGGGGAAUAACAAAGAGGUGAUCGACGCCCUGGGGCAGGCCAUCUCCCGGACACCGGGCUGCGUGCUGCUGGACGUGGACGCCGGUGCCUCCACCAACCGCACUGUCUACACCUUUGUGGGCUCCCCCGAGGCUGUCGUCGAAGGCGCACUGAGCGCGGCCCGUGUGGCCGGGCAGCUCAUUGACAUGAGCCGGCACACGGGUGAACACCCUCGCAUGGGGGCCCUGGAUGUCUGCCCCUUCGUGCCGGUGAUGAACGUCAGCAUGGAGGAGUGCGUCACCUGCGCCCACGUCUUUGGGCAGCGCUUGGCAGCGGAGCUGGGGGUUCCUGUUUACCUGUACGGCGAGGCGGCACAGGAUGAGAGCAGGAAAGCCCUGCCCACCAUCCGUGCCGGGGAGUACGAGGCGCUCCCUGAGAAGCUUGCAAAACCAGAGUGGGCGCCUGAUUUUGGGCCACCAACCUUUGUCCCCCGGUGGGGGGCCACGGUGACGGGUGCUCGGACCUUCCUUAUUGCAUACAACGUCAACCUGCUGUGCACCAAAGAGCUGGCUCACCGCAUCGCCCUCAACCUCCGUGAACAGGGUCGUGGCACCGACCAGCCUGGGCGCUUGAAGAGGGUGCAGGGCAUUGGCUGGUAUUUGGAAGAAGAGAACAUAGCCCAGGUUUCGACGAACCUGCUGGAUUUUGAGACCACACCGCUCCACGCCGUCUAUGAGGAGGUCUGCCGAGACGCGGAGGCACUGAAUCUCCCUGUGGUGGGGUCCCAGCUGGUGGGGCUUGUCCCCAAGAAGGCCAUGCUGGACACAGCCGAGUUUUACAUCAAGAAGGAAAACCUGUUCAUCCUGGAGGAGGAACAGAAGAUCAGGCUGGUGGUCAGCCGGCUGGGCUUGGACUCCCUGUCUCCGUUUCACCCCCGGGAGCGCAUCAUUGAGUACCUGGUGCAGGCAGGAGAGGUGGAUGGGGGGCUAGUGGCCAAGCCGCUGGGCACCUUUGUGCGAGCAGUCGGUGGGAGGUCGGCAGCACCAGGAGGAGGUUCUGUGUCUGCAGCUGCGGGUGCCCUGGGAGCAGCACUGGGCUGCAUGGUGGGGCUGAUGAGUUAUGGGAAGCGGCAGUUUGAGGAGCUGGACCCCAUCAUGAGGAAGCUGAUUCCCCCCUUCCACCAGGCCAUGGAUGAACUGGUGGCAAUGGUGGAUGCUGACUCCCGUGCCUUCAGCAGCUACAUGGAAGCUAUGAAGCUGCCAAAAAGCACCCCCGAAGAGCAGGAGAGGCGCACAGCUGCCAUGCAGCAGGGGCUGAAGACGGCAGUGAGGGUGCCCUGUGCCCUGGCAGAGAAGGUGAGCGGGCUCUGGCCUGCUCUGAAGGAGCUGGCACGCCACUGCAACCUGGCCUGCAAAUCUGACAUCCAGGUGGGAGCCAAAAUGCUGGAAGCAGCUGUGUUCGGAGCUUACUUCAACGUCAUGAUCAACCUCAAAGACAUAACGGAUGAGAAGUUCAAGCUCGCAAUGUCACAGAAGGUCUCUGGGCUGCUGGAGGAGGCGAAGCAAGGCUCGGCGCUCGUUCUGACGCUGCUGGAGAAGCGGGCAGCCUGAGAGGGGCUCAGGGAUGCGCUGGGGGCUCUGCAGUGGCCAAUACAGCUGGGAAUCGUGUCAUCCCUGCCUGGGCUCCUUCGGUCUCUGCCUCAGGAGCGUCCUGUCCCCUGCUGGCCUUUCCCUGGCUAAGGGUGAUUUUUGCCGUGUGGGGUUCAGACCCUGGUCUCCAUCCCCCCAAUCCCUGGGGCAGAAGGAGCUGGCUGGGCUGGCAGUGCUUGGGGCCACAGCAAUCUCAACAGAGGGGACAGCACUGCCCAGGAGGGGAUCCCAGUGCGUGGGCACCUCCUGGCCCCACACACCCCUCUGUAUAUCCAUGCCCAGAACUGCCCCCCCCCGAGACACCCCGCUGCCCACGGGGCUGGGGCAAGCCCUGGUGCAAUCCUUUCCUGCAAGGUGUCUUUUUGACACCGCAUGAUGAGACCAGCCUGUUGCAUUGCUCACUGGCCAGGGAAAGCAGCGCUGCCAAAUGCGGGGCGGUAUUGGGAAUGUUAGCAAGAAGGUGGGGAUGGGACGGGAGGAGCUCUGCCCCCUCCUCACAGACUCCCUGAGAGAAAGACCUGAGCAUCAGGGCACCGAGCCCUGCCUCUCUUGAAUGGGUCUGAUGGCAGAUAUCCCCUCCUCCACCCACACCCCAUGGCAGCACCCUGAUCAGUGUCACAGGGAGUCAUUAGCUGGACCCUGCUGUCCCACAGCAGUGCCUGCAGGAGGGUGACCCCACCUGUGCCAGCCCCUGCCCCUGGAUGCUGUGUCCAUGCUGGGAGCACCAAGCCAGGGUUCAUGGUGGGGAUGCCUGACUCAUCCCAUCACCUGAUGUCGGGAUGUGAAACCAUCACCCUCCGUCCUAUGUUUUUAUCAGCCCUGUGGGACCUUUGUACCGGCUGGGAGCGGCGUGUUGACAUUUCCCAUGUGCCCAUGGUGAUGACCAUGGCACAGGGAGUGGUGCGGCUGGUUCCACUGUUAUGCUGUGUCACCCCUGCCUGCCACACCCCUUGUCACCUGGGCAGGGCCCUGGUAUUUAGUGGGUGCCCGCCACCCUGGGUGAGCCGUGCCAAGGACAGCGAUCGGGGGUGCUGCUGGCACUGGUGCCUGCAGAGGGUCUGCCGGCAUCGCCUCUGCUGGGAGCUUUUCGGCAGGUUCGCUCAGGGGCCGUGGAGGAUGUGGAACCCCAACCCAGGUGCACCCGGGGGGGUGCCACCACCACAAGUCCAAAUUUGCCCAUCUGCUCCUCCGGGAUACCCUGGUCCUGGCACUCCAGCAGGUCACUACCCCGGCUACCCUCCAGUGCCACCUGGCACGCCUGGGGCUUAUCCCCCAGGACCCCCAGGUGGCUAUCCCUGUGGCCCCACUCCACCUGGCCCCUACCCACCGGGGCAGCACCACCAUGGGCACCCCCAACCAGGGCAUCAUCCCCAUGGGCACCCGCAUCCUGGACCACCAGGAAUGCCGGGGUGCUCACCGUGCCCCCCUGGCUGUCAUCAGAAGCACCAUAAGAAGCACAAGAAGAAGCACUCCAAGCACCAUGGAGGCAAGCACUCCAGCAGCUCAAGCAGCAGUUCUGACUCCGACUGAAGAGGACAUCUCCCACAUGCGUGGUGGUGAAGCGAUGAAACACAAAGUCAAACACCCCAUGGGAACCACCUGCAUGUUGCUCCGCUCCUUUUCCCUUCCCCUUAGAGUGGCGUUUUGCUUGCUCGGUGAUUCUUCUUGGUUUUAGCUUGUAAAUUCUCUGACAGGAAUUGCUAUGGGAUAAUGGGCAGCAGUUCCAUCCUCUGUCUUUCGGGAGCGCCUGCUGAAAGUCAUCCCCAAGGCUGCAGGUAGCAGUGCAGGGACUAUCACGUGCUGGUUCACAGUC